AUUAUGAGGCAUGAAAUCCUGUUCUACUCCAUAUUCCGUAAUUUCCCUGCAUAUUCCCCAAUUUCAAGGAACCAGCCAACCAAAAGAAUCUGAAACAUUUCACCCGCUGCUAUUGCGUGCGUGUCCACUAUUUUCAUUUUCCCUUCGCUUGUUUGCCCCACAAUAACGGUAGUAGACCGCGUAACACCCAAUCAGAUCCACCCAGCGUCGGUGGUUAACGCCCUCUCCCACCCUCCGCCACCGCACGCCGAUUCCGAUCCAGCAUGUUCAAAUUCCUGAAGGAGGUCGUCGGCGGAUCUGGCACCGGCAUCAAGGAUCUCCCUUACACCGUCGCCGAACCUUACCCUUCCGCGUGGGGCUCAUGGACUCAUUCUCGCGGCACCUCCAAGGAUGACGGUUCUCCCGUCUCCGUUUUCUCUCUCUCCGGCUCCAACGCUCAGGACGGUCACCUCGCCGCCGCGCGCAACGGCGUCAAGCGCCUCCGAACUGUGAGGCAUCCGAACAUCUUGUCGUUUCUUCACAGCGCGGAGAUCGAGACUCACGAUGCAGGCUCUCCUAAGGUCACGAUAUACAUUGUGACGGAGCCGGUGAUGCCGCUGUCUGAGAAGAUCAAGGAGUUAGGGCUUGAAGGUACACAAAGGGAUGAAUAUUAUGCUUGGGGUCUUCAUCAAAUAGCUAAAGCUGUGAGCUUCUUGAAUAAUGAUUGUAAACUUGUUCAUGGUAAUGUUUGCUUGGCUAGUGUUGUUGUAACACCAACUUUGGAUUGGAAGCUUCAUGCUUUUGAUGUUCUAUCAGAGUUCGAUGGGGGCAAUGAAACGUCUUCUGGCCAAAUGCUGCAAUAUGCAUGGCUUGUUGGAUCACAAUACAAACCGAUGGAGUUGGCGAAAUCAGACUGGGAUGCAGUUAAGAAGUCUCCUCCAUGGGCAAUUGAUUCUUGGGGCAUGGGCUGCUUAAUCUAUGAGGUAUUCUCUGGUCUGCGGUUGGGCAAAACAGAGGAGUUACGCAACACUGGUUCCAUUCCCAAGUCUCUGCUUCCAGAUUACCAACGAUUAUUGAGUUCCAUGCCCUCUCGUAGAUUAAAUACAUCAAAGCUUAUAGAAAACAGCGAGUAUUUUCAAAAUAAGUUAGUAGACACAAUACAUUUCAUGGAAAUUCUCAGUUUGAAAGAUAGUGUGGAGAAAGACACAUUCUUUCGCAAGCUUCCAAAUUUAGCCGAGCAACUUCCUCGCCAGAUAGUGUUGAAGAAGUUAGUUCCUUUAUUAGCUUCUGCCCUUGAAUUUGGUUCAGCUACCGCCGCAGCUUUGACUGCAUUGUUGAAAAUGGGUUCAUGGCUUUCAGCUGAGGAGUUUAAUGUCAAGGUGCUUCCAACAAUUGUAAAACUCUUUGCCUCCAAUGAUCGAGCUAUUCGAGUUGGCCUUCUUCAACAUAUUGAUCAAUAUGGGGAGUCUUUAUCAGCACAAGUUGUUGAUGAGCAAGUUUACCCGCAUGUUGCUACUGGGUUCUCUGAUACAUCUGCUUUUCUCAGGGAACUGACUCUUAAGUCUAUGUUAAUUCUGGCUCCAAAGUUGUCUCAAAGAACCAUGUCAGGGUCGUUAUUGAAAUAUCUGUCAAAGUUGCAGGUUGAUGAAGAACCAGCAAUUAGAACAAAUACUACCAUAUUAUUAGGCAAUAUUGGAAGUUACUUAAACGAAGGAACAAGAAAAAGAGUUUUGAUUAAUGCAUUUACAGUCCGAGCAUUACGUGAUACUUUUCCACCUGCUAGAGGAGCAGGCAUAAUGGCUUUAUGCGCCACCAGUUCCUACUAUGACAUCACUGAAGUUGCAACCCGGAUUCUUCCUAAUGUUGUUGUGCUCACAAUUGAUCCUGAUAGUGAUGUUAGAACUAAGGCGUUUCAAGCUGUUGAUCAGUUUUUGCAGAUAGCAAAGCAACAUUAUGAGAAGACAAAUGCAGCAGAUAGCACUGGCGGUGCAAGUUUGGGAAGCUCAUCUGUUCCAGGAAAUGCUAGUUUGCUUGGAUGGGCUAUGAGCUCCUUGACCUUGAAGGGUAAACCUUCUGAUCAUGCUCCAGUUGCUUCUGCGAGUUCAACUGCAAUCACAUCAACAUCUUCUAAUGGCACCACAGAUAUAGAGAUGCCAUCAACAGCGCCAGCCCGCGUAAGCUCUACAACAGAUUUGGCCGAACACCCUGUCCCUACAUCUCCUACAUCAACCGAUGGCUGGGGUGAACUUGAGAAUGGAAGUAAUGAGGAGCAUGAAGGUGACAGGGAUGGGUGGGAUGAACUAGAACCACUUGAAGAGAUAAAGCCAACUCCAGCUCUUGCAAACAUUCAAGCAGCCCAAAGGCGGCCUGUUUCUCAACCUAUUUCACAGGCAAAACAAGCCUCAAAUUUGCGCUCCAAAAGUACACCAAAAUUGAACAAGGAUGAGGAUGAGGAUUUGUGGGGGUCUAUAGCAGCUCCUGCACCAAAAACUUCAAAACCUUUAAAUUUGAAAGCAUCUAGAAGUGAAGAUGAUGAUCCUUGGGCCGCCAUUGCUGCUCCUGCACCCAUUACCAAGGCCAAGCCCUUAUCGGCUGGAAGAGGUAGGGGAACCAAACCUGCUGCUCCAAAAUUAGGUGCUCAGCGGAUAAACCGGACAUCAUCAGGCAUGUAAUCCAAAUUUCCAAAGAAGAAAAAGGAAUGGCGAAAGAGUUAAUCUUCCUGCUAUUUGCCCCUUUCUCCUGGUGGCUGUGAUCAUGUUAAGUUACAAGAAUCCGUCUCUAUGAUAUAUGAAUUACAUUUGUGAUUUUGUUGACAUAAUUGAUUUGUAAUACUAUUCUUUUGCAUGUCAAGAAUUUAACCAGAAGGGAAAUCUUCUUGGCAGCAUUUUGUGAAUUUUUGUAAGGCAACAAGGCUGUGUGUGGUAUAUUUGCUACAUCUUUUGGGUUUUCUUAACAUUUUUAUUUGAAGAACAAUUAACAAUUAGAUGUAAUGUAAUUAAUUUCAUAAUAUGUAGGAACGUUUUUUGUUAUUGGA